AUGGCGGGCACCAUCUUAACACCUGGCACUGUCAUCUUGAUGAUUGCCGGUGCCAUUGAAGCAGUCUUCGCCCCCGGAUUGAUAUAUGCUUAUCUGAUAUCUUUGCUGAUUCCAACCAUCUUUACAAUCACUUGCUUGACCGCCUCUACAAAGAUUCAGCUCAAUGUUGCGGCACUAUUUAGUGCUAUUUAUGCCUUCAUAAUGAUGGUUGUCAUUGCUGGAACUAUUGUGAUUGCCUUUGAGCAAAGUGUUCUUCAUCUGAGUGUGCUGUUUACCAUCAUUCUUCCUGUUUUGUAUAUCAUGUCUGGGCUGCUCCAUUGGAAAGAAAAAGGUUGUUUACCUCAUGGACUUUUGUACUUUCUGUGUAUUCCAUCAACAUACAUUUUACUGUUAAUAUAUUCACUUUGCAAUCUGAACAUCGUAUCCUGGGGCACUCGCGAGAUUCCAGAGAGGAAAACAAAGCAGCAGCUGAAGGCUGAAAGGGAAGCUCCACAGAGCGGGAAGAAGGUAGAUGGUUUGUUUGCACGUGUUUUCUUCAGUUCCACCUCCAUCCAAGAACUCAAACAACUGUUACAGGAGCUAAAACUUAAGUUAUCGUCAUCAAGCAAAGACAGGCAGGAUGCUGUGACACUUUCGACACAAACGUAUCGCAAUGUGCCGGAACAGUUAGACCAGUUAGCAGGAAAAGAGCCCCAAAGUCAGUCUUCUUGUGAAAGUUUUCUUCCUAUAAGCUUAAAUGUGUCUGCGGAAGAGCCACUACCAGCUGAAGAUGAAACAGAAAAUGACUUUUACAGAGGAAAGCAUUGGGCUCAUGAUCCUGCACUAGGAAAUGGACCAGUUCUGACACUAGUGGGCAAAGAAAAGGAUUUCUGGAAUGAUUUAAUUGAUAAGUAUUUAAAACCGAUAGAAAAGGAUCCUCUGAAAGAAAACCAGAACAAGACUGAAUUAAUCGAGCUGAGAAAUGUCGUCUGCUUCAUGAUGGUAAUGAUGAAUGCUCUCUGGAUGGCCAUCAACCUUAUGUUCCAGCUACUCAACGCUGCAGCUUUUAGAAUUGAGUACAGACUAAGCGGGUACGUUGUUCCACUAAAGAUUGACAUCCUUGAACUUCUCUUCAUCAUCUUCCUCGCUCUACUUAUCAUAAUCCAGUCCUGUGGGAUGCUGUUCUAUCGCUGGGAAACGUUCCUUCAUCUGAUAUCAAUGGCUUCCCUGAAGGGCUCAAAUGAAGAGCAAAGUUACCAACUAAUAGAGAAAUUGGCAGAAACAACAGAACUUAAUUCUGCUUGUGAAGAAGAUAAGGAACACAUUUACAACAGACUGAGAGAUAUUGUUACAGGUGGUAUGACUGCCGGAACAUUGGCCAACACAAGAAGACUCAAAUUAUCUGCCACUGCCACACGUUUCAAUGGUACGCUUGAUCUUGCAUCGACGGUUCUUGAACAUUUAGCAACAUCGCAAUGCACACGAUCUCGGAAACACAUAGGUGCUUACAGAAGGAAUACUACUGAAAAUACGUUGCGACAUAGGUACUCUCAUAUGAUGUACGAUUAUGUAGUUUCAGAGGUAAAACGAGGUACCGGUAUGUCUGGUGCUUCCGUUCCCUGUGAUGAAGAUUUAGAUAUGUCCUGGCCUAGCACAAUGGGCAGAGCGUUAGCGGAAAAGAUUACAGAUUUGGAAAAUACUUCACGACAGAUGAGAGAUGAUACAACAGUGGAUAUGUCUAAAAUGAUAAGUGGUGCAUGGACAACAUUGAAGAUGUAG